CAAAAUAAGUGACGACGCCGUUGUUUACGGAUGCUAGGGAACAAUAUAUCUACGUGAAUUUUCAUGUGAAUCUGUAUAUGAUACGGAUUUUAUCCUGUAAAUCACAAGCAAAACUUAAGUUCUGGAGUGACUGCUUACAGGAACAUGUACAUACAUGUAUGAUGGUAGUAUUAUCGCAGCUGCAUUAAACCAUGUGAGAAACCCUGUCAUCUGCAUUACCCUGUGAUUGGAUUCUUCCAGUAAUCAACAACAAUCCAUCAUGUUUGGCUGGAAGAAAAAAAAGAAGGAAAACAAGAACACUUCCUCACCUUCAGGAGGUUUUUCAUCAUCUCUGAACAACCUCCUCAAAGGUUCGCCCAAGGCCAAGAAGGCCAAUAAGCAUGGUAAAACUGAUAUCCUCAGCGGUAGCCAGACAUCAGGGAGCAACUCUCCACACUCUGUCACUGACCGAGCCCACCUCACAAACACCCCCACCUCGUUCAUCUCCAAUGGCUCAGCUUCGCCGUCCCCCAGCAACAACUCCAGCCAGAUCACCUCCCAGUUUGUGCAAUCUUUGCCACCACCAGAAUACUCUUUGCGUGUGCCUCCAGACCACAGUCGCCUGACGCCAAAGACAAGUAACUCUGAUCAUCCAUCUUUGCGUGCUACUUACACUCCACCUCCUGGGUAUGGCAUUCUGAAGCAGGUUGGUCGACCUGGAUCCUCUGCUUCUGAAUUGUCCAAUGCAUCCAGACUCACUUCACCCUCAGCUGAAGGGGUGGAUGCGGACUUUGAUGUUACUGGAGAAUCAAACAAUGUGUCAAAGAGUGCAAACAGGAGCACUCAUCCAUGCAAGCCUCUUGAGGAUUGGUCAGAAGCAGAGAUUCUGCAAUGGUUGAAUGACAGUGAUCUUGAGUACUUUGCUGACAUCUUCCAAGGUUGUGAUAUUGAUGGGGAUUACAUUUCCCAAGUCACUGAAGAAGAUCUAAUUGACUUGGAAGUAGAGGAAGGGAGCCUUAGAGAACAGCUUUUAAGAGAAAUCACAAACCUGAAGCAAGAACUUGCACAUGAAUCAAAUGCUCAGCAAGCUGAACACAAUGGAGAAGAAGAAGAAGAAUCCAGCUCAGUACAUUUCGGAGACACCUCUGAUGAAGAUCUCUUCCCGGACCUUCCCACCUCACCCUCCCUUUCUGCCCUCAAGAGUGGUUCAAAACCCUCCAUGACAUCAUCGGUCAAAGGCAACAUUACAGAGAGACAGGAGGGAAAGGAGGAUGGAAAAAAGAAAAUGAAAGAGAAGGAGCCAAGGAAACGACAAGAUAGUGAUUUGUCUUCUAUCUUGAGUGGUAGUUCUGUGAAGUCAUCAGGGUCAGGAAGUGGAUCACAUGGAGGACAAUCUUCUGAUGAUAGAGGGAGCAAGAUAAACUCAUCAUUUGAAGCAAGCCCAGAACAUGCAAUCCCAAAAUCUAGCAUUCCAUUCAGCAAGAAAAGGGUUUCUCAGUGGACAGAGAGAGAUAUCAUACAUUGGUUGGAUUCUAUAAACCUGGGACAUCUAGCUCAAAACUUCAUUGAUCAUGACAUUUCUGGAAAAGAGCUAAUGGAAAUUGAUAUGUCCUUGCUGGAUGAAAUGGAUAUAGAUUCCUCAAUAGAAAGAGAGAAAAUCUUAUCUACUCUCUACGAAUUGACCAACCCAUCUUCUACUACUGCAAGAGAUGAUGUUUUGAGUGUUAUCAGCCAUACCAGCGGCUAUGAGAAACAGAAAUACAUGGCAGCGGUAAGUGUGUUACAAUCAGAUGACCCUGAAGACAUCCAGCUCUUACCACCAGAAGAACGCGACAGUCUACUAUCUAGUCCUGAGAAGAAUGACAGCAGAGAAGAGAACAAGCGAAUGAAGGAUGAAUGGGAUGACGAUGAUGAUUGGGAUGAUGAAGAGGAUACAGAGGAGAAGGUUGAUAAGAAGGUUGCUGGAAAGAUGGACGCCUCUGAUGAUGAAACAGAUGAUUCCGAUGGCGAUUGGGAUGAUGAAGAUGAUACAGAGAAGAAGAUUGAUAAGAAGAAGGUCACAGGAACGAUGGAUGCUGCUGAUGAUGAAACAGAUGAUUCUGAUGGUGAUUGGGACGAUGAAGAUGAUGAGGAAGAAGAAGAAGUUGUGGAACUUCUGGCAGAAAUCAAAGAAACUGAAAGGAAAGCCAAACUUGCUGCAAACCAAGCAAGUAAAGAUGCAGAGAAAAAUAUACCCUCUAGUAAGACUGCUGAUAAGGACAGCAAAGAAUCAGAAGCUAGCGACUUUGACUUUGACAAUGAUGAUGAAGAAGAGGUUAAGUUUAUGAAUAAAAAACAGAGCAAUGAAGCUCUGAAAUCAGCCAUGAUAGUUAAUAAUAUCUCAGGAAAUGUGAAAUCUGUUGAAAAUAAUGCUUCCAAAAAUACUGCCAAUAGUGCCAAGGUGCUAAAACAAGGUUCUGUUGAGAAGGACAAUAUCUUGAAAGGCUCCUCCAAAGAACCUGUGACAAGAAAAACCUCUGUUGACAAGAAAGACUUGUCUAGAACAACUUCCAGUGAUUCUCUAGGUGCAGUGAUCCCAGCAAAUGUUUCAGUAGAUGGGACUGAGCAUGGGGCCAAAAAGGAUUCCACAAAGGGAAGGAAGGUUGAGACUGAGAUACCAGUAGAGGAGGAAAGUCCCAGGCGAGGAGAUGUGAAGCCAACAAGAAGUGAGAGCAGUAGAAGUUCUGGGAGUGAAAAAGAAGAAAAGAAGAAAAAAGGAGGACUCUUCAAGCUGAAAGAAGUGAUCUCCCCAUCAAAUUGGAAGAAGAGUCCAAGAGAUAGCAACACUAUUCAUGUAUGGACAGAUGUCGGACAAACAGGGAGUGGAUCAAAGACUCUGGUAGUGAAACUGACAGAGGAAUCAACAACUCAAGAUUUAAUCAAUUUAUGUUUAAAUCAGCUGGAUCUGAUUGAGGACCCAAGACUCUACAGGGUACUACAGGCUACAAUUCAUGGCAAAGACAAGGGUAAUGAUGUAGAGCUUGUGCCUAUGGAUUGCCCACUUGUUAUUCAGCAUGGUUGGAGUGAUCACUCUAGCAAUAGGUUUGAGUUCAGGCAGAAGACUGCACAAGGUGGUGCUAUAAAGACCGUCCUUAGAAUCCCUGGUCAGCCACCUAAGGGCAAGCUGGUCAGUAUAUCUCUGUCCACUCCAGCCAUUGAAGUGGUCAUCUUGGCUCUCAAGAAGUUUGACAUGAAGAAUGUUGACCCAACUCUCUUUUGUCUUCUUGAAGUGGACAAGGAUGGAGAUGUAUGUGAUGUGGACGAUGAAGCACUCCCUCUUCAGCUUGACUCACAUGCCUUUGUGUUGUGUGACCGUAGCAACAGGGAUCUUCAUUGGACAACCCAGGAAGAAGAAGAAGCCAAUGCUGGCGAUCGUAAGGUCAAGCGUCAGGACUCUCUCACGUCAAGAGCUAGCUCCAAGAUGUCCGCUAUAAGCUUGGGGUCUUCUUACGGGUCUUCUGAAGUUCUUUGCUCAUCACGUAUCGACAAUGAAAAAUUGUCCAAACUUGAAAAGGAGAUGGCCAGUAUUGAGGAGUCUUUAGUACCAGGUAAAGAUACCUCAACACCAAGUGCAGCUCCAGCCCCAACCCAAGUCAAAGUAAAGGACAUCAGUCCUAUUCCAGAAAUACAUAUUAAUGAUGUAGAAGAAGACAACUCCAGUGAGAAAGAUAUUUCUAGAGAACUAGAAGAAAAAAGUAGACAGCUGGCUGCAUUACAAGAGGCUCUAGCUGAUCUUGGGAACUCAUACCAUCAGAUGAAUGUAGAUGCUAGAUUACAAACACUGGAACAAAGACUAGCAUCAUGUCCUGAAACAGAAUCUCUUCCAGAGAGACUUCUUGAGUUAUUAGCAGAACUGGAAUCAGCCAGUCAAGAAAUGGAAGACAGACAGAGAGACCUUGAUGAGAUCAAACAAAGUGUUGAAGAGUUAGGAGCAAGCAUGGAUGACAGCACGUCAUCUAUGUAUGAAGUGACUCUAGCCGAGGUAGCUCUCCUAAAGGCACAAUAUGAUCACAGUACACUCCUAGCUAACAUGGAGAUUGCUAUUGCUGACUACCAACUUCAAGCUGCAAAGAUCGAGGAAGCCAAGAAGAAGGCUGCCAUCUCACCCCGCGGUGCUCUCAACUUCUACAACACUUUGCCUCAUAACCAGCAGUUUUCAGUGUUUGCUCUACUGGCUAGUGCAAGCUCACAGGGUUUUCAUUUUCAGGUGGCUGAAAAAAACUCUCAGAGCGGAGUCUACAUACAGAGCUGUCGCUCUGCAGAUGUGCUGCGUGUCGGUGAUAGAGUCAUAGAGGUCAAUGGUCACAGCACGUUGGGGUCAAGUGUCUUAGAGGUCAACACCUUGUUGAACCGGUCCAAGAAAGCCCAGCUGGUAUGCAUGCGGGCUGGACGGGAUCAGGUUAGCAUGGAGGUGGACAGACUGACCAGACAACUAGCCACCGCUUCAGAACACUAUGAGUCAUGCUGGCAGGAGAAUAAGAGGUUAACAGAUAUAGUUCAUAGAUUGAGACCUCUAGAGCAUCAGGUCCUGGAACUUAAUCAGCAGAAAGUCACAAUGCAACAACUUCACCACAAGAUUGAGACAUUAGAGUCUAGGAAUCAAGAAAUAUCAGAGGAGUUGCGUAUGGCCCAUGAAGGGAACAUCAACCAAUCAAAUCAUGCUAUCAGUCGAUUGCAGGGCGACAAGGAAAGAUUAGAGACAAGGGUACGACAACAGGAACAGAAGCUUAAAAAGCUGGAAGCUGAAUUAGCACAGAAGAACUCAGAGACCUCAUCUAUAGUGAAGGAGCGUGAUGAUGCCCUGAGUAGGCUAAAGUCUAUUGACCUCAAUCGGAAUGAAGAGGUAAAGGCAGAUGACCUUAUUGCCAGUGCUAAUAAUGAUGCACCACUAUGGGAAGUUCUUAAGCCUGCCAAUAAGGAUGAGAUACUUCAUGUGCUUCAAGAUGAGUUAGAGGAAGCAGGGAGGCAGAAACAGUAUUUAGACCAACUCUAUACCCUCAUGUUAGAGAGAGCUCCAGAGCUAUUAGAACAUCUAGAACAGGACUUUGAAGGAAGCGAAUUGUCAGGCAGCGAAGAAUUCUGCUAGUUCUCAACUCAAUUUCUGCUACCAAGCAGCAAGAUGGACAACUCACUUUUUAUUCCAGUAUUGGAAGUCAGCAUCAGGAAGCAAUCACUGGUCAUCACAUUUUGUCAUUGUCACUCGUAUUGCAGAUUUGUCAUUGCUAUGGUUGAUACAUUCUAUUCAUUACUACUGAUCUUAUUUGCCUUCAACCUUGAGAGGAUGGGGGGGGGUAUGAUGUCCAUUAUUCAACCCCCCCCCCUUGCAUGAUAUGUCACCCUAUUAUCCUGAAAUGCACAGGGAUAAUCUUGUAUGUGCAACUUCACAACAUUCUUCUUUGAAGUCUUGUGUAGCUUUUGAAGUCGAGUAAAUAUGGAUCCAUUUCUUUAGCACAGCAAAUAUGAAAGCAUUCUACUGCACUCCACUCAAUAUAAGAUAUCAUAUUACCCUGGCUGUAGCUGGGCUGCCAAAUAGGCACUAGGAAUACAACCUUGUGGGUACCCAUUGACCUCACCUUAGUUGGGUGUUGCAUAAUGUAGAUGAAUUUCUUGCUGAAGGAAAUAUAACACUACGACUGGAAUUCAAACCCAUGGCCCACAUACUCAGAGGCGAGAGUCAGAACCACUUGACCAAACCAGCUCCACAUUAAAUGCUAGUAUGUGUGUCAACUCUCAAACAGUUGUGUGAACAAUCCCAUAGCAUAGCUGUUUUGUUAAAGAUUUUGAUUGGCCCAUAGUUCUUAUAUACAAAACAUUAUUCCCAUCUCUGCAAUAUUUGUUGCCUCAUAUUCCCAUUGACACAUGAAAGCAAUUAAUGCUUGUACUACAUGAAACAAGCAUCUAUAGAGUAUGCUUUUAUCAUUUUCAUCGAACUAUGAAAGCUUGCAUACUUGCACUGUUUCCUUUAUUGCCAGCUUCUAAAUGUUAUUAAUAUGAAAAAUGAACUUGUAUUAUGCAAUAUUUUGGUAUUCCUGUCUUGUGUGCUUGGACUUUGGUUUUGAUUCGUAUUCUGUCAUGCACCUUGAAUUGUAUAUUUUAUUUCAUUUUCAGUCCAUCCACUGCCGAAUAUUGCACUCAAAUAAUGAAAAAAAUAUAUAUUUAUCCAGAUUUAUAUUUUAAUGGAAUUUCAUUUUAUAUGUGUAGUAUAUAAAUAGCAUUUUCUUUAGCUUGGAUUGCACAUUUCUGCCCUACUCAAAGUUCUGUCAUGAAGCCUGUGUAGGAGGACUGUUAAUAUCUCAAAUCAAACAAGAAGUUUCCCUUAUAGGCAGGUGAUCUUUAUGGUCUAAUUGAAUCUGUACAGGAAUUUUAACUGAAUACUGGCCCAUCAGUAUGAUUAAAUCUAGUAGUAGAAUAAAAUGGUUGCAGUACAGUAUUCAACAGAAGUGAGUAUAUCCCUCAUAAAAAAUCAUCAACUUUUCAGUGCAGUUCUUCACCAA